UUAAUUCCACAUCCUCUCUUCCAACCUCCCAUAACCACAAACCCACAAACAUUUACUAAGAUCAAUCCACACACUCCAUCAUCAUGCAUCAAGCAAUUCCCUAUAGAUCAUGGCGCCCUCUCCAUAACCUCACCACCCACUUCUCCCCAUUGCCAUUAAUUGCACAUUCCCACAACGAUGAUGAUAAAAUGAGGAACAUUGUUAACAAUAAUAAUAAUAAUAUUCAUUCUUCAGCAGGGAGAAUGGUGCUCAACAUGGUUUCUGAGAACGCGGUUAUAGUGAUUGGGAGAAGAGGCUGUUGCAUGAGCCAUGUGGUAAAGCACUUGCUUCUUGGUCUUGGUGUUAACCCUGCGGUUUAUGAGGUGGAGGAGAAAGAUGAAGAGGGUGUUGCCAAGCAGUUGGAAGAAACAGUUCGUAGUGAUGGGAACACACAACAGGGGAAGGUGCAGUUUCCUGCGGUUUUUAUAGGGGGGAAGUUGUUUGGAGGAUUGGAUAGGAUCAUGGCUACUCAUAUCUAUGGUGAGUUGGUUCCUAUCCUCAAAAAAGCUGGGGCUUUAUGGCUAUGAUGUCUUCAUCUUCCCUUUUUUUUUUUUUUAAUGUACAAUAGUUAUGCUGAGGUUCAAAACCUAUGAACUCGUUCAUACUACUUCAAUCUCUUGUCACUAGGUCGACUUUGAUUUUCUCUUAUAAGUCUUUAGUUUUGUGACAUUAUAUUAGAUUGUUUUUAUCUAAUUUUUCAAUUUUUAUCCUUGGUAGUUUGAGGAUGUUUAAUUUCUCUUCUUUUUUGUAAUUUUCCUUAAUGUUGGUUAAGAAUCACUUUCUUGAGCCUUCAAUUUGGCUGGCUAUUUUGAUGACAUACAUGAAUUCUGAUGUACUGGAUCUUCCCGUUAAUCACAACAUAAUAUGCAAUUGUUCUAUUUUUUA